AUGGGGAGACGGGCUGCCUACGGAGCUCCACAAGGUAGAAGCUUAAGUCGCAAAGUAUGCCGGCGCUCGUCCAUUUGUUGUCUCGGAGUGUUCAUUUGGAUGCAGAUCUAUCUUCAGAUUUCCUUUGUGCUCAGUGGCAAGGAGAGGGAUUCCAGCCGCCUGUCCCGGCGCAGCUUUGGCAGUGAUGUCCAACUGGUCUUUGAGUCUUCGAUCGAAGGCUAUGAGCAGCUUUUGGACUCACAAGGUCUUGUGACGGAUGUUGCCACAGCAGCGGUGCUGAAUGCAGCCUCCGACAGUGUGGCACAGCUCUCGGAGGAUGAUGAGGACUUCCGGGUGUUGCGCGUCCUGCGGUAUGCUACCUUCGGCUCGCUGGAUGGCUUUGCAGGCCACCACUGGUUUGAAGCAUUGGACUCUUUGCCAAAAAUCGGAAACCCGGUCAUGGACACCGCAGUGAAGGUUCUCGCAGAUUCCUUGCUGUAUACACCUUGCUGGUGCGCAGCGUUCCUGCUGGUUAUGGCCAUUCUGGAAGGAAGAGGGGUGCAAGCAGGAAUCUCCGAGGUCCGGAGAGAUUUUGUGGAUUUGCUGCGUGGCAACUACGGCUUUACUUUGCCCUUCGUUGCACUGAUAUAUGGUUUGGCUCCCGUGAGGUACCAGGUCGCUUGUUUUGCAGGGUUGACUUUGGCCUACACCGUUGUGCUCAGUCUUUGGGCCAAUGCCCGGCCAUCCUUUGUGGUCAAUGUGAACGAGUGA